GACGCGUGGCGCGCGCGCCGGCCAGUACCGCUCGAGCGUCCGUCGCAAACGCACGUUUGCUCUGUGCCACACCGCCUCAGUGACAGUGAUCAUACCGGUACUCUAGAUAAUCGAAUCGGUCGCGGUCCUUGUUGGUGAUAAAGUAUCGGCUCGCGGUCGAACCGCACCGAAUCGUCCCUCCUUCCCGACAAUACACCGAGAGUGCAUUACCUAGGGAGAGAUACCGUCGCGACUAGUGCAGUGCUGGUACGGAGAUGAGGCCGAAGGACGAGAUGGACACUAAGCUCCAAACGGGGACCUUCAUCCUGUCCGAGAAAAUCGAUGACACCAAGGCGAAGAAAAGCGAGAAGGAAAUGAAGAAAGAGAUGAAAAGACUCGAGAAGGAGAAGCAGGAGCGAGAGAAGAGGGAAAAGAAGGCGCGGGAAAAGGAAAAGGAGCGCGAGAAACAAGCAAAGAAAGGCAAGGUGGUAUGUGGCGCGUGCGGCGGCAAGUGCAGCGGGGAGGUGCUGCGCGUCACCGACAAGUACUUCCACACGGCGUGCUUCACCUGCCGCGCCUGUUCCGCCUCGCUGGCUCGCGGCGGCUUCUUCUGCAAGGAUGGCCACUACUACUGCCCACAGGAUUACCAGCGCGCGUUCGGUACGCGGUGCGCGGCGUGCAGCCAGUAUGUGGAGGGCGAGGUGGUCAGCGCACUCGGCAACACCUACCACCAGAAAUGCUUCACCUGCGCGCGCUGCAAACGCGCGUUCCCGUCGGGUGAGAAGGUGACAUACACGGGGUCGGAGGUAAUCUGCGGCGGGUGCGCGGCGCCGCAGCGUCACACGGCGCGCGCCACAGCCUCCCCCGCAUCCCCCACCACACCGGCCUCCCCCGGCUCGCCCGGCUCCCCCGCCUCCCCCGCCUCGCCGCGCUCCCCCGGUUCGCCCAUAUCCCCCGACAGAGACGACGUCGACCAGCGCCAGCCGGACCCCAACGAUUGCGCGGGUUGCGGACAGGAGCUGUCAGAGGGGCAGGCGCUAGUCGCACUCGACAGGCAGUGGCACACGUGGUGCUUCGCGUGCGGCGAGUGCGGCGCGGUGCUGCGCGGCGAGUACAUGGGGCGCGGCGGCGUGCCCUACUGCGAGCGCGACUACCAGCGCCUGUUCGGCGUGCGCUGCGCCUACUGCCAGCGCUACAUCUCCGGCAAGGUGCUGCAGGCCGGCGACAACCACCACUUCCACCCCACCUGCGCGCGCUGCUCCAAGUGCGGCGACCCCUUCGGCGACGGCGAGGAGAUGUUCCUGCAGGGCGCCGCCAUCUGGCACCCGCGCUGCGGCCCCGCGCCCAACGACCCCCUCGCCCUCGACCGCGCCUGCUCCGAGCUACAGUGGUCGCUGAGGUCACGCACUCCGAGCGUCAACGGCUCCUACUGCAGCCCCUACAGCAGCCUCACCAGGAAGUACGGGUACCGCGGCGUGUCGCCGGGCCUGGCGCUGCGCGGCGACCGCUCCGGCGCCUCCUCCCCGCACCGCAUCACCACGUACUCCUACCUGGCCAGCGAGCCCGCCACGCUGCGCCGCUGCGUGCAGCCCUACGACCGCCCGCCCACCUCGCCGCACUUCCACCGCCCGCCCUAUUUAUCCUUGGGAGCAUCCGCAGUAUUUAAUCGCUUCGGCUCCUGCACGCAUGAUGUGAUCAAGCCCUUAGAUUCAAUGCGCUGCGCGGCGCGGCGAGCGCGGGUGUUUCUGAAAGAAGUUAAGGAACGAGAAAAACUACAGCAGUGGAAGAAACAGAACUUAGAUCCUAGAAAUGCAAGCAGGACUCCGUCAGCGGCGCGCGAGGCGUGCUGGUGUUGUGCGGAGCGAGGUGUGCGCAGUGUGCGCAGUGAGCGCAGUGUGUGGUACGUGAGCUGUAUGUGCCGUGUGUUGGGGGCAGGCGAGGGCGGGGCCGGAGGCGGGGGCGGGGGCCGCAGCAGCACGCUGCCGCCGGGCGCGCGGCUGGCGCACCUCAGUCAGGGAGACUUCACAUUCAGCGGACUGACGGCGGGCGACAAGACGCACAGCACUGACUUCAGCAGCGGCAAGUCAGACAUAUCUGCCGGCUCCAUCACGGACGUGGACAGGAGUGCUGUGAGCACGGAGGGCGGCGGAGGGGAUGGGAUUGCAAAAGACAGAACGGCCGGCAUCAGUAAUGUGGGCAACGUGGGCAACGUGAGCGGAGUGGGCGGCGUGGGCAGCGUGGGCGGCGUGGGCCCGCCACUGGCGUGUGCGGCGCUGCGGCUGGCGGCCGAGGUGCCGCCGCCGUCGCUGACGCGCUCGUAGUCGCCGCCGGCGCCCUCUUGUUGAACUUUGUUGUUGAAAACGUUGACAAAAAAUAUAUUUGUGUUUUUUUUUGGAAAUUUCUCGCCCGAUUUCGUUUCGGUCCGAUGUCUGUGAUGUUGUUUUAAUGUGGUGCGGGGCGCGGCCGGAGUCUGCGCGGGAACGGACGUGUAUUGAUUCUAUCCUAUGUUUUGUUUGUUGAGGGUUAGAAAGUCCUCGCUCCGCCCCCGCCCCCGCCCCCGC